AUUAUAAAGACAACCUCGCGCUCAGCACGCACCAGUAGGACCUUGACUCUGACCAGUGCGUCUUUUUAUCCGUGGGACAGCAAUUUACUCCGAGUUCCGUUCAAUACCUGCUGAAAAGGUCUCACCGGAAAAACUCGAAGAACUGUUCGGACUCCGAUCCAACACGACCCCCUCAGACCCGGUUCUUCCCUCUCGCGGGAUCUGAAGACCAGCGACCCGGUUCUGGUUCCUCCCCUUGGUGUCCCCAGGGUCCCGUAUCUGGCCCCGAGAUGCGAUCUCUUCUCCCGCUCACCGUGUAUUGCAUCAGCCUUCUCACCCUCCAGCCGCAUUCACUUCAGGCUGUGCCGGUCGCAGAUCACCCUGUCACGGACAGAUCAGACCUCCUUCAGAGGCAGGGUGUCCAGUCCGACACGGAGGCCCUGGUUCCAGAGGCCAACUCGGACGUCUCCCCCGCCACGCCGUCUCCCGCCGUCCGCCGCCCCUCGGAAUCGCUGGCGGAAUCCCUCAAGCGCGUGGCGUCCGCCAACGCCAGAGCGGCGGUGCCGAGUCUGGCGUGGGCGCGACCGGACUCGGGUCGCCGGAUCCUUCGCCGGUCGCUGAGAACCCGCCGGAACGCCCAUCACCGCCAGCACCACCGCCACCACCACCACAACUCGCCGCACAGCAAGUCCAACAAGGACGGCUGCCCCCUGGGCACCUGCUCGGUACACAACCUCAGCCACCGGCUCUACCAGCUCAUUGGCCAGAGUGGCCGAGAAGACUCCCCCAAGGUGAACCCCAUGAGCCCCCAUAGCUUCGGAUGAUCCCGGGCUGCGGGUCCUCCCUUUUCAAACGCCUACAGCUACAGCCUGUUCGUAUCUCCAGAUAUUUAUCUCUUAAUGUAUUCCGAUAGCCUUUUGCAUUUGAAGCCCGGCGUAGUCUGCAGCCCAUGUAUUCCUAUGAAAUGACUCAAACCGUUGUGGUCAUCUCGCUCCUCCCCAGUUUUUCGUAAAGGACCAAUUUUUAAGCCGUUCCAAAGCUGCUCCUGGACUCCGCUCACCCCCGUGUGAAUUCACACCUUCCCACUGAUGUUUAGCUCUCGUUGAAGUCUCUUCAUCACUCUCAAGGACAUCAGAAGGCCUCCAGUGACUCUAAUCCAUUCAUUCUCUCACUCCAAAUUGCUGCCCCCCCACCUUCAAAAUAAUCUCUGCUGACCUCUUCGUCGCUGGCUAAGCAGCUCACGGUUCAUUGAUCAAAAAAGUAAACAUCACCCCCCCCCACACACACACACACCCACACACACACAUAGCCUCCUCCCCCUCCUUACCCCUGAAUGUGAAUUUCAACAUGGAGUAGCAUUUGGAGGGUUUGCCAUGACCUACAUAUUCCGAAGGAUCUGCGUUUUUCUCCAGAUUCCGAACUAACCCGUUACCUCGUGAACUGUUCACAUCCCGACUGCACCUGUCUCCCUACUCCAGGGGAAUCAUCUGGACUUUCUGUGAUGUUACUUGUUUUCUGACCAAACCCACUGCUCAAUGCAACCCUGACGAGUUCAGACUCAUCAGCAUUCAUCAGGACUUUCAUCAGGACUAUGGUUAAAAAUGUUCCACUUGGCAGUGACUGUUAUGACGAACGACAGAAAAAAGUCAACGCAAAUCAUAUUUUUAGUAUUUUUUUUUGGCACGGCCUUGACACUCAAUCUCAGAACGUGCUCCCAUGGUAUCGCUUUUCCCAGUUGCCCUGCGACGGUGGACUGGCCGGCGCGACAGGUGGCAAAGUGGGCCGAAGGACAUAUUACCCCCGGACCCCCCUUUCACGUGCUUCAUAAGUGCCUCCUGUAAGUUGGGAAUUAAAAGGUUGACAGAGGUUUAAUAAUAACUAAUCGCAUCACUUCAGUCAUAUGUACCGCCAUAGCAGUGGGGGAUAAGGCGGGGUGCCAGAC